UCUCGUCGUUCAAACCAGAAGUCCCGCCCUCUCCCUCUCCAAUAUCGCUCAUUUGGAGCAUCCCUUCCAACGAGGUAACCGCCACCCCUCCUCCCGUCCCGUCCCGGGCGGACAGUCCUGCCUACAAGUAGUUGGCCAACAGCGGGUACACCGAGCAGAACCACCACGUCCCCGUCGCCUGGAUCCCUUGAAGCCGAUCACACGAUCCAGCAUGCCGGUAGCAAGAUGGAUCCACCUGGUCAACUGAGACGACCAGGUGACACCGCUGCCCUCUCUCCCAGGUGGCUCCCCCGUCCACCCCACCCCCCCAUCAGACUCCGCCCCCGGCCACGAGCGCCGGUCCGGUCAGGAUGCCCGGAUGGCGUUCCCGCUGGCGUCUGGUCCUGCUCAACGCGCUGACCUGCGGUCUGGAGAUCUGCCUGGCAGCCGGCAUCACCUACGCCCCCCCAAUGCUGCUGGAGGCCGGCGUGCAGGAGAGAUACAUGACAAUGGUCCUAGGGGUCGGGCCGGUGCUGGGCCUGCUGUUCAUCCCUCUGAUUGGCUCUGCCAGCGACCAAUGCAACAGCAGCUACGGGCGGCGCCGGCCGUUCCUCUGGCUCCUCUCCCUGGGGGUCCUGCUGGCGCUGCUCAUCAUCCCCCACGCUGACCGGCUGGCCGCCCGCCUGGCCUGGGGGAGCACCAACCUGCAGGUGGGGUUCCUGAUCUUCGGCGUGGUGCUGCUGGACUUCUGCGGCCAGGUGUGCUUCACGCCGCUGGAGGCGCUGCUGUCGGACCUGUACCGCGACCAGGAGGACCUGGCCUUCUCCAUGUUCUCCUUCAUGGUGAGCCUGGGCGGCUGCGUGGGCUACCUGCUGCCCGCGCUGGACUGGAGCCGCGGCCUGCUGUCCGUGUACCUGGGGGGCCAGGCCGACUGCCUCUUCGCCAUCCUCAUCCUCAUCUUCGUCUGCAGCGUGCUGGUCACCAUGAAGGCGUCGGAGGAGCCGGCCUGCGCGGGGGGCGGGGCCGGCGCCGGGGCCGGGGGCGGGGCGGCGGAGGGGCUCCUGGAGGCCGGGGGGGGCGGGCCCCUGGAGGCGGGGCCUCGCGGGGGGCCCCCGCGGUCCUGCUGCUACGUGGUGAAGUGUAAGCUGCGGCUGCUGCGCUCGCUGCCGCUGCUGUGCUUGCUGCGGCCCUGCGUCGCCAUGACGCCGGCGCUCUACCGCAGCUACUGCCACGUGCCGGCCGUGAUGCGCCGGCUCUGCGCGGCGCAGCUCUGCAGCUGGGUGGCCGUCAUGAGCUUCAUCCUCUUCUACACCGACUUCGUGGGCGAGGGGCUGUACCAGGGGGAGCCCAGCGCGGCGCCCGGGACGGCCGCACGCCUGAGAUACGAUGAAGGCAUCCGCAUGGGCAGCCUGGGUCUGUUCCUGCAGUGCGCCACCUCCACCUUCUUCUCGCUGGUGAUGAGCCGGCUGGUGCGGCGGCUGGGCUCGCGCUGGGUCUACCUGAGCAGCAUGGCGAGCUUCACGCUCUCCGCCGCCGUCAUAUGCGUCUCCAACAGCGUGCUGCUGGUCACGCUGAUGUCGGCCCUCACGGGCUACGCCUACGCCACGCUGCAGACGCUGCCCUACACCCUCACCUGCCACUACCACAAGGAGAAGGAGCUCUACAUGGCGAAGAGGAACCCCAAGAGCGUCCACACGAACGGCGUGAAGCGGGACCCCCCCAACGGGACCGCCGGCUACGCGGAGGCGGGGCUUAACGGACACGCCUACUUCGGCCCGGGCGGCUCCGACUUCUACACCGGCCCGAGCGGCCAGAACGGCUCGUCCAAGGGUCCGGCCGGGCCGGGGGGGGCGGUGCCGGAGGAGACGGAGGGGGGCGGGGGCUUUGAGAAGCGCGGGGUGGGGCUGGACUUCGCCAUCCUGGACAGCACCUUCCUGCUGUCGCAGGUGUUCCCCACGCUCUUCAUGGGACUGAUCGUGCAGCUGGUGCAGUCGGUCACCGCCUACAUGGCGUGCUCCGUGGUGUUCGGCUGCCUGGCCGUCGGCCUGGCCAACCGCAUCGUCUUCGAGCAGCGCGACCUCAAGACCUGAGGCCUGAUGCCGCGGAGCCGGAGCCAUGGCCGACCCGGUGGACCCGUCUCUGCUCCUCCUUUGGUUCCACUUGACGCGCCCCCCUGCCCCCGCCAUGGGGCUGCCCCGUCAGCGAGGGCUUGGUUCAGUGCGUGUGUGUUUGUGUGUGUGGGCGACUGUGUGUAUCCGCUCGCCAGCCUUUAACUGUGGGGGGGUAGUCAACACAGUCACUGUUUCCUCUGGUUUCCAAGGGGAUGGACUGUCAGACCAACGCCCCCUAGUGGUGUCCUCACAGAAUGAAUCCUGCUGAAUUCCAUAGAAAAGAGUUCUAAAAGAACGCCCCCUACUGGCGGAUCUUAGUAGAACAUGUAGUUCUGUCGGAACGCCCCCUAGUGGCGUGUCACAGUAGAACGAGUAGUUCUCAAGGCAGCCUGCCCUUAUCUCAAGGUACUUUGAUGGUGUUUGCGGUGCCAGUAACCUUCAUCUCUGCCCACCAUCCUCUUCCUCAGGUACACACACACACACUUACUGUAAAAAGGAGACUGGACACAUACGAAGUCUGCAUGUCAGACACACACACACACACACACACACACACACACACACACACACACACACACACACACACACACACACACACACACACACACACACACACACACACACACACACACACGUGCAAUAACACACUCAUAUACAUAUACUCUGUAUGUUUUAAGAUUUGUUUGGUUCUGAAUUUUAACCAUGUAUCAACAUAUCACCACUCAAAGUGCCAUAGCAAGUUUAACACACGCUGGCUGACGCUGCCCCUCCAUUUUGUGCUGGCUACCAGCAGCUUCACUGGAGUUCUCUGUCUGAUAGAAACUCCACCAAAAGUGCACUUUGCCAAUGAAACCAAUCCACUCCUAAAAGAUCUCCCCCUCACAUCAUAGAACCACGUCAGACCGUCUGUCCACACGCUCGUCCCCCCAGCUCCUCGUUCGGUCUGUGUGACCUGCUGCUGUACAUAGUGUGUUUACUCUUAUUUAUAUCCCUAUGGGAAGAUCUGAUGCAACCUGUGUGAGGUUAUGGACUGCCUUAGCAUCUCGCUCUCAACACAAUGCUCCCUCUACGGACAUUGGUCUCAGGUUACUGCUUAGUGUCCUAACUCUACUACGACAAUCGAGGGUAAGGAGCUCGGCUCUGCUGCUCAGGCUAAUCCGCUAAUCGUUAGCUGACCCCUGACCUCGGCCGAGAUGUUUUGACGGAAGACCAAAGGGCGUGACCUCUAAGGGGUGCACUCUAAGGGCGUGACCUCUAAGGGGUGUACUCUAAGGGCAUGACCUCUAAGGGGUGCACUGGUAGGGCUCUUCAGGGAUAGGGUUUUCAUUUGAAGGCUAACAUAAUUAAUAAUUAAGAUGCGUGUAAAGGCUAACAUUAAGAUGAUAUUUUAUUAAUCCAUGACAUGACAUUCGGGUCAGGACGAUUGAAACGGGACUAGAGGCGGGUCUUUGUGCCAAGUGGUUCAACUCCCAACCCCGUCUGUAUUAACCUGCUGGGAUGCUGAGCCAGCCAGCCAAUCAGAAACUCUGGCUGGUCAGUGUGUCCAAGAGACAGGAGACUGGGAGAUAAAGCAGGAAAAGAUGAAGACUACCACGUGGGAUUUAAUCCAGCCUCCCAGUACGACAACGAGUUGUGCGUCCUUACGAUAACAAGUUGUGCGUCUGUACUAUAACGAGUUGUGCGUCUGUUUGCAAUGACCGACCAACCUGUUGGCCAGGUUCACUUCAAGUGCCUCUAAACCUUUUCCAAAAUGUACAUAUGUAUUUAUUUAUUAUACUUAAAUAAAACCCAUAAGCACACGUUAAGAACGGCCUUAGCGCUGUCUGGCCAUAUGCGAGUACAAUGGUCAGUUUUGUAAAAAGGUGAGAAAGAUACAUUAUUUGUAUGAAUGUGGUCUAGUAGCAUCCAGAGAUAUAAUUUAUUUUAAUAUCGUUUUACAACAUUACCCUCUUAUGUCGGCAUCACCAUCAUCACCUGUCAGCCCAUCACAGCCAAACGUAAAGUCUCAUGCACAACGACCGUGUGCCGUUGGGAUAUUUGUUGAACUUUUCCUAUUAUUAGGUUCAUAAUUUCCAUCAGAGAUGGAUAUUGACAAAAUGGUCGGUAAUAUUGCUUUACGUUAUUCGCUUAUAACCACUUUUUCCUUUCAGAAAUCUACAACAUUGUUUGGGAGUCUACUAGAUUAUUUGGAGUUACUUGUUGGCCCGUAAAUCGCUUGUUCCCAUCUUCUUGAUUUGUUUCAACAAAGUGCCCAGUUUAUUACUAUUGAACCUGAACCUUUGGAAUACAAUGGGUCUACAAUAACCAUAUUUUUACGUUUUUUAUUCAGACCCUUUGUUAAUCUAUCAUUUUUAAAUUGUAGUAAAUUUGUGCAGUUACCAAAUAGAUUUUAUACUCAAUAAACAAACUGCAUUAUA